GGAAGGAUGAGAGCUGUUUGGCUCACACCGACGUGCUGUGCUGCUGGAGGCUCUUGUGUGCACAGCCAUGGAUGGUGUGUUAGAGGGAGCAGCUGUGGUGUGUGUGUGUAAACUGGCCUGCAGUCUUCUCUUCCUGCCCAUGGUCACUGCUUCUCUCAGUGCAGUCAGCUUCUGCUGCAACUGCCUGCUGCUCUUCACAGACCUCGUAGUCACAACCUUCCUGGUUGUCCUCUGGUUUACAGAGCCCUGGCUACCUCAAUUUUCCAUGUCCACUGAUGUCAUCGCCCUGCGCUUCCUGCUCUUCCUCAGCUACAUCUACUGGGCAGUGCUGCUGAUGACCACACCUCUGGUUGCUGUGGAGACCGCCAUGAGGUUGCAGUGGCCCCAAGUCUGUGGUGGCGGAGCAGUGGAUGGAGACAUGGACAAACAGAGUAAAAAUCCUGCAUCUCACGACGGUGUGACACUGGAGGUAGAGAACUGGCAGAGCAGGGACACAGACACCCAGAGAGGAGGGAGAGAGGACCAGGACCAGGGAAGUUGUCUGUCCCACAUCCUUGGCUUCUUCUGCUGUCUGCUGGUGUGGGCUGUCUGUGGCAUCUGUGGGGGUCAGGGCUGGAGACUGGAGGUGCUGUGGGUGGAGGUCUGCCUGGAGAGGACCAGCUCCCUCACUCUGUGUCUCCCUAGCCUCCCCAGCACCGUCCUGCUUGCUCUGGGUGAGCCCAGCUGGGGCUUGGCCACUGUGACCUUGGCUCUCCUGCUGGUGCUGACGGUGGGCUGGGGCUUUCUCAGACGACACCUGGCCCACACAGAGACGGACCCACACACACCCACAACCACACAGACACACAAGGAGGAACAUGGUACUGACAUUCAACUGCCCGUUCAAACACUCCCUGCACCACGCACGGCUAUGAAACCUGUGAUGCCAGUGGCGUCAGCCCCACGGUUUGUUGACACAGAGACAACAUGGUCCAGAUGCUCCGUUCACAGCCCAUGUUCUGGGAACAACAUGGAGCUGUCACUGGGUCACCAUGGAAAUGCUGUCCUCUUAUCCCUGGAGUUUUUGUCAGCAGACAGACGAGAGGGACACAAAAAGAAAAAAGGACUAGGAGACAUACCUCUCACUGGUAUUGUGGAGGAACACACAGACAGAAGCAGGCAUGGGCUCGGGCGAUUUCCCUGCCUGGGGGUGAAUAUAAUGACAGGGUUAAUGUGUCUGCUCACUGUCUGUGUGUUACCUCUAAACCUCAGUGUGAAUAUCCUACUAAUCAGCCAUACAGAGACAAUGCUGGAGUGGAGUUUGAAGAUCUUAAUGUAGUUGAUAAUGUAAAUUCAAUCAUUAAGGUCUGAAAGGCUUGCUCACUUUAUCUUCAUCCACGAAGCAUAAUAUAUCAUAUUGUUUCUUCUCUAUGGGAUAGUUGGUAGCUAUUUUCAAACUAUUUUCUCCCAGCAGGAGGGUCUCGAUGCAAGUUGCCCCCCCCCACAGGGAUGGCAAACUGCCAUCAUAUCAUCUGGCGUGACUAUCCCCCAAACUAUUUUUACACAUUUUCAUAUUGCACUUUGUCUCUGUUGUUCAUUCAGUUAGCCUGUCCUCGAUUUAACUGGCUGCACCCAAAGAAGCCAAACAGAGGGGUCUCUCAGUCAACGUAACACCGGCAUAAAGUCAGUGUACUGGACAAUAAAUCUGGAUGGUGAUAGUGUUAGAUAAUGAGGUGUGGCUUGGGAAUGGCAAAGGCGGGUGCAACUCAAUAUUAUAUACACUGACUGAGUAUACACGGAGUAUUCCAAACAUUAUUUCAUAGUUUUGGAUUGACUGACCUUCAUGUCUUAAAGUAAUGAUGGACUGUGGUUUCUCUUUGCUUAU